AGACAAAGACCCAGAGGAGAGUCUCUUUAACUUUUUCAAGGAUGGGAAGUUGUUGAGGAAAGGAAGACGGACGGGAGAGCGAUGACGUGGAGGAGCCCUCUGGCCCUGGUGAGGGAUGCGCUGCACGGUCAGAGGGCCCGGGAGAGGGACCUCCGCACGCUGGUGUCCAACCUGCCCUUUGAGGGACUGGAUAAGGGGAAACAACCCAAUCGCUUCUUUUCAUCUAAUGCCAUCAAAACCACCAAAUACACUCUUCUGUUGUUCAUCCCUAUGAACCUCUAUGAGCAGUUUCACCGUCUGGCCAACAUCUACUUUGUGGGCCUGGCUAUUCUGAACUUCAUCCCUGUAGUGAAUGCCUUCCAGCCAGAGGUGGCUCUGAUCCCCAUCUGUGUCAUCUUGGCUCUGACGGCCCUGAAGGAUGCCUGGGAGGACUUCAGGAGGUACCAGUCGGACAGGAAGCUCAACAACACGCCGUGUUUCAUUUACAGCAGGAGGGAGAAGCAGUUUGUAGACAGACGAUGGAAGGACGUACGAGUGGGAGAUUUUGUCAGGGUGGUUUGCAAUGAAAUCGUCCCUGCAGACCUCCUUCUCGUCCACACAUCAGACCGCAACGGUGCCUGUCACAUAGAGACGUCCAACCUGGAUGGAGAAACAAACCUGAAACAAAGGAUUGUUGUAUCAGGACUCUGCAAAACGAGUCCUGAAUUUGAUCCCGAGAGCUUCAAUAGCACCGUGGUGUGUGAAAAACCCAACAACAAUCUGAAUCAUUUCAAGUGUUAUGUAGAGAAACCCGAUAAGGAGAAGGUGGGCGCUGGGAUUGAGAGCCUGCUGUUGAGAGGCUGCACAGUGAGAAACACAGAAGAUGCUGUCGGCUUUGUGGUAUAUGCAGGCCAUGAAACCAAGUCCAUGCUCAACAUCAACGGGUCAAGAUACAAGCGCAGCAAACUGGAGCGGAAGCUAAACAUAGACGUCUUCUUCUGCGUAAUUCUCCUCUUCACCAUGUGCCUCGUCGGAGCAGUAGGGCACUUCUUAUGGCUGCAGGCGCUGCCCAGUGUACCCCCGUAUUUGCUCCCUGACAGCACUGGUCACCUGAACAGUCCCAGUCUGUCCAGUUUCUACAUGUUCUUCACCAUGAUCAUCCUGCUGCAGGUCCUGAUUCCCAUCGCUCUCUACGUGUCCAUUGAAUUGGUCAAGAUCGGUCAGAUCUUCUUCAUAACCAACGACGUGGACCUGUACGAUGAGGAAACAGACAGCCGGGUCCAGUGUAGGGCUCUGAACAUCACAGAGGACCUGGGCCAGAUUGAAUACAUAUUCUCAGACAAGACAGGCACCCUCACUGAGAACAAGAUGGUGUUCCGCAGGUGCUCCGUCAUGGGUGCCGAAUAUCCACAUAAAGAGAACGCUAUCCGUCUAGCCGUCCUUGAUGAACCAGAGUCAGAUGAUGAUGUCAUCUUCAACAAGGAGUCCAGACCCAAGACACAGGCCAAGUGGUACGUGGGAGAUAAUGAGACCAACCCCAAAGACACAAAACGCUGUGGCAGCCGCCGCUGGAGCAAGGGGGCGGAAAAUGCCCAGAGCAACGUGGCCUUCAGCAGUCCAUUGGAAACCGAGGUGAUUCCAGACGAGAAGCUGCUUGAACGGAUUAGUGGAGCAGAGAGCAGCACCCGAGGCAGCGGAGGAAAAAUAGAUCCUUACCUGGACUUCUUUCUGGCUCUCGCCAUUUGCAACACAGUGGUUGUUUCCAUGGAAACAGUUCAGAGACGGAGGGUGAGUGUGUCUCCAGGCUCCUGUCAGAAAAAUAACCCUUUGGAAAGCUUGUCCAACAUGAUGAAAAAGGCUGGGUCUUUAUGCAACAUCCUCACCUCCUGCCAGCGCGAGCCCAGGAGGAACCGCACCUUCUCAGAGGAAUCGGUUAAAGAAUCAGUAAAAAUGGAGACGACUGCGAACACCGAUGGAUUCCACACAUGUUCUCUCAAUGCCCUGUCCCGGCCCGACGGGCCUGCGGCAGCGUCACAUGACGUGUGCUUUGAGGCAGAGAGUCCAGACGAGGCUGCCUUGGUCUACGCAGCCAAGGCAUAUGGCUUCACCCUGGUGGCCCGUACCCCUGACAGUGUGAUAGUGAGAGUCCCGUCUGGGGAGGACUUGGUGUUCGAGGUGCUGGAUACAUUGACCUUUGACUCAAACAGGAAGAGAAUGUCUGUUUUAGUGCGACACCCAGUCACCAAAGAGUGUGUUUUGUACACGAAAGGUGCAGAUUACGCCAUCAUGGAGCUACUUGGAACGCCAUACGCAGAACACCCCAGUGGAAAUCAGAAAAACGUAGCAGCUGAUACCCAAAAUCACCUCGACUGCUAUGCAAAGGAUGGCCUUCGUACACUAUGCAUUACAAAAAAGGUUGUGAGUGACCAGGUGUACAAAAGCUGGUUAUUGGACAGAAAGAGAGCUCUGGCUGCAAUAGACAGCAGAGAGGAGCUCAUCAUGGCCACGGCUGUGCAGCUGGAGACGGACCUCACCCUGCUAGGGGCAACGGGCAUUGAGGACCGUCUGCAGGAGAGCGUCCCAGACACCAUUGUGGCACUGCGAGAGGCAGGGAUCCAGGUGUGGGUGCUGACAGGUGACAAGCCAGAGACAGCUGUCAACAUUGGCUAUGCCUGCAGGCUACUGGAAGAGGAAGACCUGGUGAUUAACAUGAGCUGCAGAAACAAGCUCUCGUGUACCUCCAUCCUGGACUGCACUCUGGAAGAGGUGAGGAGCUACAGCGAGGACCCUCGUAACGUGGACACCACCCCAAACAUUUCUCUGGUGAUAGACGGAAACACCCUGGACAUGGCUGUGUCGCCUGACCUGCAGGACCGCUUCGUGGACCUGGCGAAGCGCUGCCGCUCUGUGCUCUGCUGCAGAGUGAAUCCCUUACAAAAGAGCAGGGUGGUGAAACUGAUGAGAGAAAAGCUGAAAGUCAUGGCCCUUGCAGUUGGUGAUGGUGCAAAUGAUGUCAAUAUGAUCCAAGCUGCUGAUGUUGGCAUCGGGAUCUCCGGCCAGGAGGGGAUGCAGGCGGUCAUGGCGAGUGACUUUGCCAUUUCUCACUUCAAGCACCUAAAAAAACUUCUCCUGGUCCAUGGACACUGGUGCCACACUCGGUUGGCCAAAAUGAUCAUUUACUUCUUCUACAAGAAUGUAGCCUAUGUGAACUUGCUGUUCUGGUAUCAGUUCUUCUGCGGAUUCACUGGCACUGCAAUGAUCGACUACUGGCUGAUGAUUUUCUUCAACCUUUUCUUCACCUCUGUUCCGCCCAUCAUGUUUGGAGUCAUGGACAAAGAUGUUUCUGCAGACAUGCUGCUGGGGAUUCCUGAACUUUACAGGACUGGUCAGGGUGCAGGGGAAUACAAUUUUUUAACAUUCUGGCUUUCCGUCCUGGAUGCCUUCUACCAGAGUCUUGUGUGCUUCUUUAUUCCAUAUUUGGCUUACCAGGGUUCAGACGUUGAUAUUUUCACUUUUGGAACUCCACUCAACACAAGUGCUUUAUUUACCAUCCUGUUGCAUCUCUCGAUAGAGAUCAAAUCUUGGACGGUGGUUCACUGGAUUAUCAUGCUGGGUAGUGUGACGUUAUACUUCGUUGUGACGCUUGCCUACAGCGCCAUCUGCGUCACCUGUAAUCCUCCAUCCAAUCCUUACUGGAUCCUGCAGAGCCAGAUGGCCGACCCCAUGUUCUACCUUAUCUGCACCCUCUCCACUGUGGUGGCUCUGCUUCCCAGGUACACGUUUCACGUGCUGAGGAACUCUGUCGCCCCCUCACCGCUCAUACAAGCCAGGCAACUGGACCGAUUGGAGCCCUCUACCAGGGAGCAGUGUAUGAAGGAGUGGAGGAGCUUCAGGGGUGGAGGGAAGGUCAAACGCUCCCAGCUGUCCCCCCCACCCUCUCCCAUGCCGGAGACCCCUGCAGACUUUUAUCCUGAAUCUCUGACUACUGGUAGUAUCAUGGGGGAUGACUUCUCACUGAAUGUCAUCACUGACAGCUAUCAGAGGCGUGUGUACACAUGAGAGAGAGUCGGCCUCGCAGGAAAAGAGAAGCACUAUGAUCUUUAUUUAUUGAGAAAUUGUGAAUAUCUAUUGUAAGAAGAUAUAAUGCUAAUGUCUUAUUUUGGAAACGCAAUCAAGGAAUAAUACUCCUCCUCCCUGACUGGAGUUAAUUUUACAGUAAACUACACGAGAAAAAUCACGCACUCCCUCCACCUCUUCCUUUCUUCAUUGAAAAAGUAACACAUAAGCCUGUUACUUUUUUUUUUACACAGUGGCAACCCAAUUAGUCAUACCAACCACCUCUGAAUAAGGGGGACUUUUAACUGUUAUUAAAACGAAAUCAUGUAUGUCGGUUUUUGUGUAGAUUUCACGCUCCUUUAAAAUUUGUCACGGCUAUUCAUGCAAAUCCACUUUUUCUUUUCCCAAGUGUGAAUGUGUGUCUGUAUGUUUGUGGUACGGUAAUGGAGCAUCUGGAUCAA